CAAGAAUCUCUUUUUCGUUCUCUGCCUGUCUCUUCCUCUUGUUUCUCCUCCUCCUCUCUCUCUUGAGACGAAACCCGGCAGAACAGUUUCGUCUAGUACUGCAGCGUGCUUCUCUUCUAUUUCGUCCUCGCUACAGUAAGUCACAAAUCGACGUCAUACGAUCUGCGCUUGGACACAAAGAUUCUUCGGCUGUAACCAAAAGCCACCGCUUCUUUGUUACCGUCACAUGCACAGCCAAAAUCCUUGCUCGACCACCCAUCCCAGUGCAGAUGAAGUAGUGCAGAUCGAUAACUUCAAGAUCUAGGGCUACAACACCCACACACUGAGCGUUUUCUUCGCCGCCAACUGUUCAUUUUCCCCUCAACAAAGUUUUAACGAACCCCCAAGGUCUACCCCUCCAAGAGCGCAGAUAAGGACACAAGACGAGUCCCGGACCAAAACCUCGACAAGAUGCCACCCAGAGGAAGAGGAGGCAAAUUCUCCAAGCCCACCCGUGGAGGUGGCAAACAUUUCUCCCGCGACCUACAGCCCCUCGACAGUGAAGGCAACCAGAUGGGCAUGUGGCGAGACCCCGCCGAUGCUGCAGACUCAUCUUCUGAAGAAGAGGAGGACGAGGACGAAUCUUCCGAGGAAGAAUCCUCAGAUGAGGAGGGAGGAGCAUCUUCCAAGGCGCCAGCAGCCUCUGGUGAACUGACGCGCGAGCAACGCAAGGAGGCCGCCCGACUGAAAAAACAGGCGGCGAUCGCCAAAAAGAACAAAAAAGUCGCCGCCGUGGGAGACAUGCCAAGCGAGUCUGAGGAAGAGGAGGAGGCGAGUGAGGACAACGACGACGACAUGCCCGCGAACCCCAACCACACCCAAAAGGCCCGGUCCAUGGCGCGCGCGGCCACCGGCCCCAGCGGAGAACAGCCCAUCAAGAAGACGACGGACAAGGAGAACCUGAGCAGACGGGAGAGGGAGGCCAUCGCCGCCCAGCAGGCCAAGGAACGGUACCAGAAACUCCACGCCGAGGGCAAGACGGACGAAGCAAGGGCAGACCUCGCCCGGCUCAAGUUGAUCCGAGAACAACGAGAGGCGGCCGCGGCGCGGAAACAGGCCGAAAAGGAAGAACGGGAUGCGCGUGAGAAGGAUCGAGACGACCGUGAAGCAAAGAGGCGUGAGGCGGCGCUGGGUGCCGGAGGCGCAAAGAAGAGUGCCAAGGGUAAGAAAUGAAGGGGAGAGAUCCCUGCCCAAAUGCCCCCGACCCCAUCGUUGCGUUCCCGACUCGGUACUCGCCCGUCCAUACGGUACGUUUUUCUUGGCCAUGGUGGCAACGGCACGGCAAGACAAUGCAUUUGAAAACAAUUCAAGACGAGAACAUUGAGAAUAGAGUCUACGACUGGAAGUGGUGAUGUGGUGAUUAUUCAGCUGCCUCAUGAAACGAAGACGAUGGUGCUAGUCGUCAAGUCGAAGGGUGCAUCAGCGAACGGUUUGGGAGUCUGCCUGACCUUGGUACCUCUCCUGCUCUCGUAGGUACAUACGGACCAGAAAUCUGGUUUCUGUCCCCAAGACACAAUUCAUCUUACGAUAUUGCAUCUCCGUCCCUGCAAUUCGUUUCUUUUCACUUGAUUUGAUAAGAUGACGGGUAUAAAAGUCGAAAUUGUCAACAAGUUUGCAUUC